AUGGCUUGUAAAAAUUUUUCAUUAGAAAGAGAUGCUUUAAAUUUGUGUGAAGGUGCUAUGAAGGGUAAACCAAUUCAAGAACUUAAACCAGAAGAAGCUAGAAAUAACUUUGUAAAGAUUCAAUCUGGUGAUGUUUACAAGUAUCCAUGUAAUAUUGAAGAUAUUAAAAUGGAUUUGGGUGGUGAAUUAGGAUCGGUUAAUGUCAGAGUAUUGACACCACCAAAUGCCAAAGAAUCCAAAAACAAAUUGCCAGCAAUUCAUUACUCUCAUGGUGGUGGUUGGGUCAUGGGUGAUCAUGUAACUCAUGAUAAACUAAUCCGUGAAAUUUGUUACCGUACCAAUUCUUUGGUGAUCUUCACUGAAUAUAGUAGACCACCAGAAGUCAAAUAUCCAAUCCAAAACGAACAAUGCUAUGCAGUGAUUUUGAAAUUCAUAAAGGAUGCUGCUAAAUGGAAUAUCGAUCUCAACAAUUUCUCAUUGGUUGGCGAUAGUGCCGGUGGUAAUAUGGCUAUUGUGUUGGGGUUGAUGGCAAAAGUUAGAAAUGGACCUUCGUUCAAGAGAAUUUGUCUCUACUAUCCAGCCAUUGAUAGCGGUAUGAAUUCAGGUUCCUAUAAAGAAUUCCAUAAUGAUUUCUAUCUUACUAAAGAUGGUAUGAAAUGGUUCUGGGAUGCAUACACCAACAGUCCAAAAGACACCAAUGAAAUCUACUGCUCUCCUUCCAAAUGCAAAGAAUCUGAUGUCAUGGGUUUCCCAGAAACAAUGAUCAUCAAUGGUGAAGCUGAUGUCCUCCGUGAUGAAGGUGAAAAUUUCGCUAGACUAUUACGUAAAGCAAAUGUUCCAGUAACUCACCUAAGAAUUCAAGCAAUGGUUCAUGAUUUCGUUGCUCUAAACUGUCUUGAUCAAUCAAAAGCAUGUAGAGUUGCAAUGGAUUCCUCAAUUGAUUUCUUAAAUAAAUCUCAUGAUCCAAAUGCAACUAAACCAAAAUGUUGA